AUGAUAUAUCAAACUUUGAAUACUGGCGGCUCAUCUCUCAGUCAAAUUGGCCUCAUCCUAGGACUUUUCAUUGAGGAAAAAACAAACAGUAUCUAUAUGUCUGAUAUCGGCGGAUAUAUCUCAUCAAACUAUUACUACGGCUCGAGUUAUAAUUACCGGAUACAACGUUGGUCACUAACUCCUGGAACUGUGGCUGGUACAACUGUCGCUGGCUAUGGCUCAGGUAGUGCUAGUGGAUCGUACAAUAGUAUAUCAGCAAGCUAUGGUCUGUAUGUCGACUCGUAUGGUACUCUGUUUGUUUCGGACAAUGCUUACCGUCGAGUUACUACGUGGCCUCAAAAUACAGUUUCUGGAAUUCUUGUAGCUGGCACCGAAGUGGCUGGUUCGAAUCUUACUUAUCUCAAUGGUCCACAAGGCAUCUGGAUUGAUAGAAAUGCGAAUAUAUUUGUGGUAGUUUCUGGAAAUCAUCGAGUAGUCAAGUGGACAGUCAAUGCAACAAGUGGCAUUCUCGUGGCAGGUGGAUUCUGGCAACGACCCUUUUCCACUCAGUUCAAUUGGCCUACUGCAAUCAUCAUUGAUGCGUAUGGAAACAUGUACAUUCUGGAUGCAGGUAAUCAACGAAUUCAACAAUUUACACCAGGAAAUAAAGUUGGUGUUACAAUCUUUGAUGCAUCCUAUAAUAGCGCCUUUGGUUCAACUGCAUACAGCAUGGCGAUGGAUUCGUUUGGAAAUUUGUAUGUUGCUGAUUACAUUGGAAUGCGAGUGCAAAAGAUUAAUGUUGUAGCACGUAGCUCAUGCAGUGGUAAGUUUCAGGCCAGCUGA